GUUUCGCUCGUAAUGUUGCACCGGCCGGGUUUGUAAAUAUUGUUAAUGAAAACACGGACGUGAGACGAUAGCGUUGCGAAACGAACCUUGCACCAGAUCACUUAAAUACUGGCGUUCGAUGUGAUGGUGAAAAUGUGGCCUGUGCUCCUGUGCUUUCUGCUGGUGAAAUCUGGUGUCAGUGAUGUGUUCGAAGAUAUCGUCGAGGAACGAAAUAGAAUACUACAUAAAGAACUCGACAUGAUGCUGGGUGCCGAUAUCAUCCUGAACGACACGGAGGAGCUCGCCAAUAAAAUCGUAAUGGAGUUGAAGCACAAGGAAGUCGAUUUUGGCUUCCAGAAUCCCCAAUAUUUUAACUACUCCAAGCAUUUCUUUGAUUACAAGGACGAGGUGAAGAAGUCGGAGCUUUUUAAGAUCAUUCGUCGUAUGCCCAAAGGCGCGGUGCUUCACGCCCAUGAUACGGGCAUCUUGAGUGCGGAAUAUGUUCUCAAUAUCACUUACUGGGACGAUUUGUAUGUGUGCUUCAAGAGUGCGGGAGUCCAAUUUUUGUUUGCCGAAGACACCCCCGCAUCUCCGUGCGAAACGCAGUGGCAGGUGAUGAAAAACGCAAGAUUCUCGUCAGGAAACGUAGAAAAGUUUGAUGCUGAGCUACUGAAAUAUUUUUCCAUCAUCAUACCUAAUCCACUGGAAGUGUAUACAGAUGUCAACACCGCGUGGUCGAAAUUCCAGGAGUAUUUUAUUGUGACGACCGCGCUGUUUUCCUACAAACCCGUUUGGGAAAAAUACUUUUAUGAUACCCUAAAGGCUUUAAGAGAAGACAACGUGAUGUAUUUCGAAGUGAGAAGUGUUCUACCACAUUUAUACGAUCUCAAAGGUAACCAUUACGAUGAAAUACAAACUGCAGGCUCCUACAAGGACGCGUUAGAUAAAUUUAUGAUGGAUUAUCCAGACUUUUAUGGAGCGAAAUUGAUAUACGCACCUCUGAGGUUGGUCGAUGCUAAAACAGUCAACAAAUAUCUAAAAAUCGCCUACGAAUUAAAGAAGAAGUACCCAGACUUCGUGGCCGGCUUCGAUUUGGUCGGUCAAGAAGAUUUGGGUGUGCCGACGAAGGAAGUUUUUAAGGAGCUCGUCCAAGCUCGGGACAAAAUCGACUUCUUUUUCCACGCCGGUGAAACCAACUGGUGCGGGACAUCUUCGGACGAAAACAUUCUUGAUGUUAUCCUACUCGGGACGAAACGGAUCGGGCACGGGUUCGCUCUGAUCAAGCAUCCGGUGCUGAUGGAGGAGAUAAAGAAGAGAGAUAUAGCUUUGGAAGUAAAUGUGGUGUCGAACGCUGUGUUGAAACUUGUCGAGGAUGUGAGGAACCAUCCUCUGGCGGCUUAUAUCGCUCAGAAUCUGCCUGUGGUGCUUUCAUCUGAUGAUCCAGGUGUGUGGGGUGCAGAUCCUUUGUCCCACGACUUCUAUGUCGCCUUCGUGGGUGUGGCUAGUAGACACGCGGAUCUGAAGUUACUAAAGAAGCUAGCUCUGAACUCUUUGUACUAUAGUACUUACCCGAAUAAGGAUAAACUAGUCCACGAAUUCGAAAUACGAUGGACGAGAUUUAUACAUAGUGUUGUUGAUGAUCAUCAUAAGGUUAUUCCUAGUGUUUAGUUAUAUUUAUAUGAUAUUAUUUUCUUGAAUACCUAUCCCUCCGAUGCUGCUCAAAUCUUACACCAGUUAACUUUAGAUUAAUAGAUGUUUAUCUGUUUUUUCUACCUCAUCUGUUAGGUAAUAGGUUUAAAUUACUUUGUGCUGUCGGCUUAUUUACUUAUCCUAC